AUGGAGAGACUCUCAGCACUGCUGCUGCUGCUCAUCACAGUCUCAGGUUUGGGCGGAGCUUCAGAGUUGGCCUUCAUCAAAGAACCCAGUGAUGUCAUCGCGGUGAGGGACCGCCCCCUCAUGCUGGACUGUCAGGUAGAGGGGGAGGGGCCUAUCACCAUCACCUGGCGGCGGAACGGCGUUCCCGUUCCUCUGGGAGCCAGAGCGGCCGUGCUGGAUAACGGGACGCUCCUGAUCCGGAACUUCCAGAAACGGCGCGACGGUGACGAGAGCGACGCUGGCGAGUACGACUGUGCGGCGCAGAACCGAUACGGGCUGCUCAUCAGCCGCAAAGCACACGUGCAGCUGGCCUCACUUCCCAAAUUCCACACGCACCCAGAAUCCAUGAGUGUGGACGAGGGUGGCGUUGCUCGAUUUCACUGCGCCGUCAGCAGCAUCCCAGAGGCCAACAUCACCUGGGAAAGAAACAGAACGACUCUCAAUGCUGAUGAUAACAGGUACACUCUCCUGCCCAACGGUAUCCUGCACAUCACAGGAGUGCGUCAGGCUGACAGCGGCAGCUACCGCUGCGUCGCUAAAAACAUCGCAAACACUCGCUACAGUCACGAGGCUCAGCUGUCAGUCACAGGUACAGUCACAGCUAAUCGUCUCUACAAGGAGCCGGUGAUUCUCUCUGGGCCGCAGAAUCUCACUCUGAACGUUCACCAGACCGCCAUCCUGGAGUGCAUCGCCACCGGAAACCCACGGCCCAUCGUGUCCUGGAGCAGGCUGGACGGUCGCUCCAUCGGCGUGGAGGGCAUCCAGGUGUUAGGCACAGGUAACCUCAUCAUCUCAGACGUGUCUCUGCAGCACUCAGGUGUGUACGUCUGCUCCGCUAACCGACCCGGAACCAGGAUGAGGAGAACCGCGCUGGGACGUCUGGUGGUGCAGGCUCCUCCGGAGUUCCUGCAGUGGCCUCAGUCCGUGUCGAAGCCGGCGGGCAACAGUGCCGUCUUCACCUGCCAGGCUCAAGGUGUUCCUGAUCCACACCUCAUCUGGCUGAAGAACGGCAAGAUCCUCACGCCUGGAGACAACGUCAAACUCUCCAACAACAACAGCACGCUGGCAGUGACGCGCAUCACGGCUGAAGAUGAGGCCAUCUAUCAGUGCAUCGCGGAGAACAGCGCAGGAACCAACCAGGCCAGCGCUCGUCUCGCCGUCUCCCCGUCCGCCGAUCUCCCAGAAGCCCCUCAGGAUUUGACGGUCACGCCGCUCUCCACCACUUCCCUACGGGUGCGCUGGGCACAGCCGGAGCGGCACGUGAUGGACGGCAUCAUCGGAUACGUGCUGCACAUCCGCAAACUGGGAGAGCCGGACAGCAGCGAGCUUCAGGAAGCCGUGAGCAAAGACACGUUUCAGCACGACUUCACGAACCUGGAGGCCUCUACCACCUUCUCCAUAUAUGUGAAAGCGUAUUCACCGCUGGGAGCCAGUCAGCAAUCCAACAGUGUCAUCACCACCACACUUGGAGCUGUUCCCACGAUGCCCAGCUUCUUCACGAAGGUUCUGAACAGCACAGCGAUGCAGGUGUUCUGGGAGCUUACAGCUAAAGCCGGUCGAGUGGAGGGAUACAGACUCUCUCAUCGCAAGCUGCCACAGCAAGAGUUCAGACAUGAGGAGCGAUUCCCCGCUCACAUCAACACACACACCAUCUCUAAGCUGGAAGCGUCAGCGGUGUAUGAGAUUCAGCUCACGGCCUUCAACGGAAAUGGCGACAGCAUCGGCAACAAACGGCUCGUCUCAUUGGCUGAGACUGAAAAGAGCGGGAAAGAGGCAGCAGCAGCGGGUGAGAGUGUGUGUGACUGUCGUCAGGACAGCGAGGGCUCCAUGACGGCUCUGGUGGUCGGGAUCCACAUCGGCAUGGCCUGCAUCAUAUUCUGUGCUCUCUUCCUGAUGUUUGGCUAUCGGCACAGCUUCUUCUGUCAGAAGGGUUCUCAGGGUGACUGGAGUCUGUCAGCAGGACAGAGUGUUUCUCAGAGAGACGCCGCAGCUAAAGAAGCCAGCAUCCGAGCAGCCGACGCUAUCGAGCUCACAACACAGGCUGCUGCAGCGGAGCCUCAGUGUCAGGUGAUGAUUGAACCUCAGGCUGAUUCUGGCACUGGAUGA